AUGCGGGAAGCAUAUGCCGCCCUACAACGGCAGAUGGAGGCCGCGCGGCGGGAAGCCGAAGCUCACGAGAGGAUCGAGGAGGAGGCUCCGCCUCCUCCGAGGUUCCUCAAGGUGAGGACAGGUCUGUUUAGCGGACCGACGGGGCAGCAGCAACCCAAACAGGGUGAGGAGGCACCCUUAUGGGAACGCCGGCACCCCGAGCCACCGCCGCAGCCACCGAGCACACAACAACCGACGCCCCCGCAGUCACCGCCACCAAAAUCACCACCGCCGAACGCACCGACACAACAGUCGUCGUCACGACAGGAGGAGGCACCGAAGGAGCCGCCACAGGAAGAGGCCCAGCGGCCCCAGUGGGGUGGUCCGGAGACCGCGGUGUGCGGGCCAUUUGUGUCACAAAACGUGCACACGGCGGUAAGGAAUGGCAUGAUAUGGCACCACCAAGUUAUCCACAUAACGUGGGCGUCGGGACCCGCACCAUCGGAAGCGCAGGAAGAACGGAAAGUAUGGGAGGAGGAACCGGCCCCGCGAAGCAACGCGCGUGAUCCACGACAGCACCGGAGGCAGGCCGAGGCCAUGAGGGCAGAGGAGACGGCGUCGGAGGAGCGGGAGCCAGCGGCAGCGAAGGCACCGGCUGCGACGGCGACAGAGGCACCGACAGCGGCAGCAACGGAGGGGGCGGCAGCGACGGAAGAGGCGGCAGCGCCAGCGACGGCGACGGCAACGGAAAUACCGACGGCGGCGAUGGAGGUACCGGCAGCGACGGUGACCGGCAGCGACGGUGACGGAGGUACCGGCAGCGACGGUGACGGAGGAACCGGCAGUGCCAGCAAUGACGACGGCGACGGAGGUACCGGCAGCGAACACGGAAAGCGAGAGGUGGGAGCGCGGUCCGUGGGUGUGGCCCUCACCUGCGAAAGACAAGCCUAG